CUGGUAACGUUUAGGAAACGUGAUUAUUUUAAUACUUGUCUUUCCAUAUUUUCUGACUUUCAUUAAUUUAUAAUGGGAUUACGCGCAUUUGGCACUUUUUACGUAUGCUUCUGUAUAUUUGUUGUGCUCCUGCAAUUAUGCUGCUCUCAGAGGAAUCCGGGUGGGCAACAAAGAAAUGACCGCAGAGGCGCUUUUCGGCAGACGCUGCAGUGGUCUCACAACGGCAAGGUUUUCAGCCUUUUAAGCCAGGGUUCAGAGUAUGUCCCUCCGAAGCGCAGGGGCGCAGCGCAAGAAGAGGAACAGCCUCGACCUGUCGCCAUCAUCCGAGAUGCGGACGUGAGACACCAGGAUUCCCCGAGUCAGCAGCAGCAGCAACAGCCUCCCCGAAGCCUCCUGACUCUUGUGAGAGGGCAAGAGCACCGUCAGCAUCUUCACCAGGAACGACCCGCGGAGCUCACCAGAGCGCAAAGGAACCGCACAUCCAAUGCGAGCCAGGAAAAUGUCCAAGUCAGUCCGCCUCUGCCCAGAGUUAAUGACAUGAUGGUCGGUGAUGACCCUUACGAUCCAUACAAGUCUAUUGACAAUAAUAAUCCAUAUUACAAUUAUUAUGAUGUUUAUGAGAGACCAAGACCAAGGUCAAGACCUGGAUAUGGCACAAGGUAUCAUCAGUAUGGUCUCCCUGAUCUCGUGCCUGACCCAUACUACAUUCAAGCUUCAGUUUAUGUCCAAAGGGCACCAAUGUACAACCUGAGAUGUGCAGCUGAGGAAAACUGUUUGUCAAGUUCAGCUUAUGGAGCAAGAGACUAUGACACCAGAGUGCUGCUGAGGUUUCCCCAGAGAGUUAAGAACCAGGGCACCGCUGACUUCCUCCCAAGCAGGCCACGCUACUCCUGGGAGUGGCACAGCUGCCACCAGCACUACCACAGCAUGGAUGAGUUCAGCCUUUACGAACUGCUGGAUGCCACCACUCAGCACUCGGUGGCAGAGGGCCACAAGGCUAGCUUCUGCUUGGAGGACACCUCCUGUGAUUACGGAUACUACAGGAGAUACGCCUGCACGUCACACACUCAGGGGCUGAGUCCAGGAUGUUAUGAUACCUACAACGCAGACAUCGACUGUCAGUGGAUUGACAUUACAGAUGUGAAACCUGGACAAUAUACCCUCAAGAUUAGUGUAAAUCCUCACUAUCAGGUUGAAGAAUCUGAUUAUUCCAACAACAUUGUGCGCUGUGAUGUACGCUACACCGGAAACUAUGCCUAUGUUUCUGGCUGUCACAUGUCGUCAUAUUAACACCUGUGAUCGACUGAUAUUCUGCAAGUUCCCCUGUGAACGGAUUAGGAUUACCAACAGGGGUUUUCUGAAAGACAUUUAAAAACAUUAUGUGACAUACAGUCACCUUAGCAUUAAAAAACAAUCAGUUGUCAUAGCACCAGAUUACAGUGAAUUCUUUUUGCUUAUAGGAAUUUGUUCUGUUUAACCAUUUUUUCUGUUUCUUGUAUAGCAUUUGGCUGUAUCUCAACACACUUAAGAAAAUAUAUAUCUGUUAAAUUCAAGGGCUUAGAGAAAAGACAUAAUGAUACCUACUCUUUAAUGCUUAGUCAGUAUAUAGCAGCUAAAAAAUAAAAUGUUUAUCUAAAAUCAUAGUACAUUUAUUAUAUGUUGGAAUAUAACACUCUUUAAUAUAACUGCUUUUCAUGUGGUUUUCGCACAUUAUUUUGGGGGGAUAUGUUCUUAUACUUCUGGUUUUUCACAUGUCUUAUUCUAUCUUUUUUGCAAAAUUGUAAUAAAAAUAAAAUGUGUUUAAAAAAGAAGACGAAAAGAAAUAACUGA